AUGGAUCUGCUUUGCUGCGAGACUACUGAGACUGAGUGCAGAGCCUACGCUGAUCCAGCCCUACUUGGUGAUGACCGUGUGCUGCAGAAUCUACUGAAAACCGAGGAAAGAUACGCGCCCAGCAGUUCUUACUUCGAGUGCGUGCAGAGGGACAUCUCGCCGCUCAUGCGCAAGAUUGUCGCGGAGUGGAUGUUAGAGGUAUGCGAGGAGCAGAAGUGCCAGGACGAGGUCUUCCCCCUGUCGAUGAACUAUGUCGACAGGUUCCUCUCGAUCUGCCCGAUCAGGAAGUCGCAGCUGCAGCUGCUGGGAACUGCCUGCCUACUUCUCGCCUCGAAAUUGCGAGAGCCAUCACCGCUCACCGCUGAGGUGCUCGUUUUCUACACAGACAACUCCAUCACCAUGGAUGACUUAUGGAGGUGGGAACAGUUGGUCGUAUCGAAGCUGAAAUGGGAAUUAUCCGCUGUAACACCUGGUGACUUUCUGAUGCACAUCCUAAGCAGAUUGCCAGUACCACGUACUUGGGAUCCAGUGAUGGUCAGAAGGCACGCGCAAACCUUCAUCGCCCUUAGUGCAAGAGAGUACAAAUUCUCGAUGUAUACACCAAGCAUGAUAGCGGCAGCGAGCGUCGCGGCAGCCCUUCACGGACUCGAUUGGACAGGGAAAAGCGGUUACGGACUGGCCGGCCUCCUCGACGAGCUAACUCGCAUCACGGCUAUCGAACAGGAUUAUUUGCAAGGUUGCCUGGAACAGAUUGAGGAGAUGGUCUCUCAAGCAGUGGGUGCUGAUGGUGCCGGCGGAAAUGGUCAUCAGAUGACUGGAUCAUCGGGUGCAUCGCAAAGGCCUCUGGGGGACGAGAUAACCAGCCAGGAAAAGAUCCUGGAACACGAGAAGGCGGGAACACCGACCGACGUGAGGGACGUCCAUUUUUGAGAGACGCCACUGAGGGAAACUCUGGCCAGGGUGACUCUCUGCUGAGCCUAGAAGCCGAGGAGGAAAGGAUACCCAGUAGCGAGGAAGACGACGAUGCUGGAAAAUCCUCGGUCAAGAAGAGAAUCGAAAAGAAUGAAGAGAAGAAAUUCGAGCGAGAGGAUAUGCAAGAAAAUUCCUGAAGAAGAUACACACACAUAUAAGGAAAAGGACACAGAAUAUACGAAUAUGUUAUGCUUGCUCGACCGAAUCAUUUGAUUUCCCUUCGUCAUCACUGUGAACAAAAUCGUCUUCGAAAAGAGAGAGACAUCUCAGAACGUGUUCGAUAUUAUAGUGUUCUGUACGGAUUUUGUACAUUCGUCGUGAAGAUUUAUCGAAUUAAGGA